AUUGUUUAAUAUUAACCAUGUCAAAGUGGCCGUCUGGAAAUGGUGCUUAUGCUCGACUAGAAGAUGACCGUAGUCAGGAUAUUCAUCCAACUGCCAAUGCUUCUCCAUUCUCAGACUCGUAUGCCAUCAAUGUUCCUGUUGAAGCUUCUACUUCUGCUUCUGGAUCUACAAAACUACCUUUAGGUGGUAAUACUACUGGAUUUUCUUCUUCUAGCUCUACUCAUGCUGCUCCAGCCACCACUGUUCAUGGCCUGUCUGGCUCCAUCGGCUCCGGCUCUGGCUCUGGAUCAGAUGCUACUCAUUCUAUUGGAAACACGCUGGAUGAACCUGUUUCAGUUACUAUUAUGCGUGAUCUGAACAAUAUUGGUAAAAAAGUCAAACAAGUGUUGCUUCCUGCUAGUCAAGGAGAUAGAAAUAUUUUGCGUGACUGGGACUGGUGGGGUCCGCUUUUGCUAUGUUUGGCUCUUUCUGUUCGAUUGAGCAUCACUGCUAGAUCUGAUCAAGGUCCCGCUGUGUUUUCAGCGACAUUUUUUAUCAUUUGGUUUGGAUCUGCUGUUGUCACUGUAAACUCGAAGCUUCUUGGUGGUAAAAUAUCGUUUUUUCAAAGUGUGUGUGUGCUUGGAUACUGCAUCUUUCCAUUAGUUGCAGUCAGUAUUAUCACUUGGGUCUUGCCUUUCUUUUUGAAAUUCAUUCUAGUCAUUGCCGCCUUUGCAUGGGCUACAUUUGCAUCACUUAAUUUCAUGGGAAAUGUCAAUCUGGACAAGAAGCGAAUCUUGGCAGUAUAUCCCAUCUUUUUAUUUUACAUGACUAUUGCAUGGCUGAUUCUUAUUGCAACGUAA